AUGGGAUCAUCAUUAAAUAAACCCUUAUCAGAUAGGGUGGAAGAUAUAAAUAAUCAAUCAUCAAUGAUAUAUGACCCAUGGAGACACAGAGGUGAUGUAAAUUCAACCUAUCAUUCAUCAUCAUCGGUUACACAUAGAAGAAGGAAUCAUAGGCUAUCGCCUCUAGAAAAACAAAAAAUGAAAAAUAUACAAAGUUUAAAUUUUAGUGUAAAUGAUAAUCUUUUACAAAGAGAAGAAUAUGAAAAAACAACAAAAGGGCUUCAUUUAAAAAAAACAUUUGGUAAAUGGAUUAUAUGUUUAUUUUUAGGUGUUAUAGUUGGAUGUAUAGCAUAUGUAAUUAAAAUGGUUGUUCAAUUACUUCAAGGUUUAAAAUUUCAUUAUACAAAUCAUUAUGUAUCAAAUGGAUUACAAGGUGAAGCAUUUUUAACAUUUUUAGGUAUAAAUUUAUUAUUUGUAUUUUUAUCAUGUUUAAUGGUGAUAGUGGCAGGACCAUUAGCAAGUAGUUCAGGUAUACCAGAAGUUAAAGGAAUUUUAAAUGGUGUUAAAGUUAGAGAAGCAUUAGGAUUUAGAGCAUUAUUAGGAAAGAUUGUAUCAUUGGUACUAUCAUUUUCAUCUGGAUUAUUUGUUGGACCUGAGGGACCAAUGAUUCAUAUUGGAUCAGCAGUUGGUGCUGCCAUUAGUCAAUUUAAGUCAUCGACAAUGGGUUUCUAUCCAUCGUUAUUCCUUUCCUAUAGAAACGAUAGAGAUAAGAGAGAUUUCAUUUCAAUUGGUGCAGCCACUGGGCUGGCAGCAGCAUUUGGUGCACCCAUUGGCGGCGUUUUAUUUUCAAUUGAAGAGGUAUCAUCAUUUUGGUCACGUCAAUUAACUUGGAGAACAUUUUUCACUUGUGUUAUAGCAGCAUUCACAACCAAUUUCCUUUUACAAGGUAUUGGUUCGUCACCUGAUAUGCAUGAUACUGGUUUACUCACUUUUGGUUUCUCAAGACUCUAUCUAUUUAGGUAUUCAGAAUUAUUAUGUUUUUGUUUCUUGGGUUUAAUUGGUGGUUUGUUAGGUGCAUUCUUUGUGUUUUUAAAUAUACAUUUAAACAAAUGGAGAAAAGAAAAAUUAAAACAAAAUCCUUAUUUAAGAUUAUUCGAAGCAUUGUUUGUAAGUGUUGUAACAUCUGUAGUUUGUUAUUAUGCCUCUUUUAUAUUUGAUUGUAGAUACCAAUCGAAUAUUGUCAUUGAAACUAGUGUUUGUGAAGAUCAAUCGAAUACUGAAAUGGUGCAAUUCUUUUGUCCUGAUGGAAUGUAUAGUGAAUUGGGAUCAUUGUUAUUUGGUAACCCAGAUCAAGCAUUAAGAAGAUUAUAUUCAAGAACAAAUAAUAUGUUUACAUUACCACCAUUAUUAGUGUUUACAUUGAUUUCAUUAUUUUUUUCAAUUUGGUCAAGUGGUUUAUGGGUCGCAGGUGGACUUUUUGUACCAAUGAUGAUGGUUGGUGCAGGAUUUGGUAGGUUAUUCGGUCAAACCAUUUCAAUGUGGUUCACAAAUAUUGAUAGUAGUAUUUAUGCAUUGGUAGGUUCAGCUGCAAUGAUGGCUGGUUAUUGUAGGAUGACCGUUUGUAUAGUGGUAAUCAUGGUUGAACUAACUGAAGGUACACAAUAUUUAGUACCAAUCAUUUUGGCAGUAAUGAUAUCUAAAUGGGUUGGUGACUUUUUUAAUGAAUCAGUUUAUGAACAUUUAAUGGAACAGAAAUCAAUACCAUUCUUACAAUCCAAACCACCCCAUUCAACGAAUAACAUUAGAAUCUCUGAUGUUAUGAGUAAAAAUGUUGUGGUUUUACCAGAAGUUUGCCAAGUUAGACUAUUGGUCAACAUUUUAAAUUCAAAUAAUCAUAAUGCUUUCCCUGUUAUCAAUAGUGGUCCAUAUGAUAAUCAAAGACUUUACCGAGGUAUCAUUCUUAGAGAUCAUAUUUUGGUACUACUCUUUUAUCGUGUAUUCUAUAGAGGUACCGGUGAAGAGAUUUAUUUAGAUGAAAAUUUUGACUUUGAUAAAUUUACAACAGAAACCUCAAAAAGUCCACCACCUUUAUCUGAAAUGAAUUUUGAUCAAUUUGAAUUAGAUUCUUUUAUUGAUUUAAGACCAUAUAUGAAUAGUAGUGGAGUGACAAUUCAUAAUACAUUUUCAUUUGUUGAAGCUUAUAAAUUAUUUAGAAAUAUGGGUUUAAGACAUUUACCAGUUAUUGAUAUAAACAACGAGGUAGUUGGAAUGGUAACUAGAAAUGAUUUAUUCUAA